ACCCAACGGUUUGCGCGGUCAGAAUCCAUCCAGACAAGGAAGUUUCAACUAUUUUGAUAAAACAAAAUGGCCUUCAAAUAUUUCGCCAUGUUCGCGCUGAUGGCUGUUACUAGUGCAGCUGUUCUCCCAGUUGCUGUGAAGCACAUUGAAUACCCAGACGCUCCCGCAGAAUACCACUUCCAGUACUCCGUUCACGAUGACCACACCGGUGAUAUCAAGAGCCAACAGGAGGAGCGCCAUGGAGAUAACGUUGUCGGACAGUAUACCCUGAUCGAUGCUGAUGGUUACCGUCGCGUGGUUGACUAUACCGCCGAUGAGCACAACGGAUUCAACGCCGUCGUUCACCGCGAACCGGUCAAGACCGCCAUCCCGGUCGCCAAGGUCAUUGCUCCUAUCGCCAAGGUGUACAGCGCCCCGAUCGCCAAGGUCUCUCUCCCGGUCGCCAAGGUUGCCUAUCCCGCGUACCACUUGGCUGUUGUUCUGGCUAUUGUGAGCGUAGCAAAUGCUGCGAUUCUGCCUACUCUCGUGAAAAAAGUAGAACUGGAAGCCCCGGCCGAGUAUCAGUUCUCGUACUCCGUGCACGAUGAACACACCGGUGACAUCAAGAGCCAGCAGGAGGAGCGUCAUGGAGAUGAUGUUAAGGGACAGUAUACCCUGAUCGAUGCCGAUGGUCAUCGUCGUAUCGUUGACUACACUGCCGAUGAGCACAACGGAUUCAACGCCGUCGUCCGCCGAGAGCCGCUGGCCCAGCACAAGCUGAUUAAGACCGUGGUUCCGGUCGCCAAGGUAGUUCUGCCAGUGGCCAAGUAUGCCGUACCUGUAGCGAAAGUGGUUGCACCCGCUCAUCUUGCUACCGUCAGCUUUGCUGCACCGAGCCUUACCUACCAUUACUAAAUGAAUUCACUUUAGCCCGAUUCGUGUAGUGUCGUUAUUAUCUCUAAUAAAGUGUAGCAUAAGCAA